GGAAUCAGAAUUUCCAUAGCAGCAAUCUUCGUUGGUGUUGAAUAGCACACAUAUCAUUUGUCACCCGAGGCUGUCCACUUAAUUGGUGUGUGACCCUAUACCGAGGUCAGCAAGCCAAGCAAUCACCUGAGUCCGCGCAUGAGCAACUGCACCCUUAGCGACAGUAUCACAGCACGCUAGGCUACCCGUAAUGGCGGCAUUCAUUUGACACCCGUAUAUUUUACCAUUACCCGACUGGGUCUACUGCAGCCACAGACUUCAUGCGGAUACUAGUUCUUCCUUCUAUCAUCGAUCAUCUGUUUCUGUUGGUACCUACCCCACCUCCUAUAGAUGACAGAAAAGCCAAGUACCUAUAGUUUUAUCACCUAACGAAGAUUUUAUAACCUACUUGAUAAGGAUCUACCAUGGCUGAGGCUGGACCAGUGCCGGCAGUAGCAGGGGUCUUAGUGCCAGUCGAGCGACAUCACUCAGUCCUGGGGGAGGUACAGUUCGAUUUCGGCGCUAAGACGGCCCAUGAUGCGGAGGAGGCCCUGCUGUUGACCCGCAGCGACACCUUCAAGGUCCAGACACCUCGUCCAGACCGAGACAUUUGGAAAAAACCUCCCCCGGACUUCAGCUAUAUGUUCUAUGCCUUUUUGUAUGAUGAAUUUUGUCGUAUGUGUGUACGUUGUGUACGAGCCAAGCCACCCAAGCGCAACACCGUGGACUCCCAGAAGCCCUGGCUGUACGGCACCAUCCCUGGACAACGACAGGUUGUCAAGCGUGAGCGUGGGUCACUCAUGCCACUUCUCUUUCGCAAACCGUCGCACAGUGCUCAGAACUUUGUAACCCGCUUCCGCAUACCCCGCCCUUACACCGCCAAGAAGCAGUUUGUGAAGGAUGGAGUUUACCCAGCGGGAGAGUACCUGACACCAAAGCCUCACGAUUUCAGACAGUAUCCACCAAUCAAAAGCUUGGGACUUGAAGAAUUUGAUACAAGCUAUGAAAAAGACCCCUACAAUCUCAAUUUCAAAUCUAGACACCUGGAUAUAGUUCAUGGAAUAGCUCCUGGUGCUGCAGAACGUGAUUUACAACCUGGGCGCCAGAUGGCACCCCCAAUGUCGGCAAAACCAAAAUGGGACACUAAACUGAUUCUGGAAAAAACAUCCUGGCCACAGCGUUUUGAGGGCUUUACUAGGCACAGACUGAGGUACCGAAAUCCUUACAGUGCUUUCUUGGAGCGUGUGGAGCAAGAUGUCACAGAAAAGUGGAUGCGUGAAAAGUUUUUAUUACAAUUAGCUACUGAGAAUUCUUCAGAACAGCACAGUAUUUAUGAGCAGAAAGCAUGACAGGAACAAUGAGAAUCAGCAACAUGACAAUCAGCAGGCCAGCAGAAUAUCUUCAAGUACUCUGUGGACAGCAUAAAUUAAAGGAAAUGCAAACUACACCAGAAAUUUUCAACCAAUCUGCUGGCAGCAUGGGAAAAUGGGAUCUAUUGUUUGCUUCUGCUUUUCCAAACUGAGUUAUCUGCACAAUCCUAAUUAAAUGUUAUUUUUUACAAAUAUACCACCUGACAAAAAUUCCAGAGCCACUGAAAAUCAAAUCUUGCAGAAUGCUCAUGAGCUCUUCUGCUGGAGAAAAUGAAAAAGUAGGCAAGAACUGGAUAUAAUAUGGGAAUGAUAAAAUAUAUUAAAUCAUGAUGCAUACAACAGUAGACAUGAUUAGAACUCUAGACAGAUGACAAAAAUAAAAUGCAAGCUGCAGACAAGAGACUAUGGACAUGUCGACUUGUUAGCAUUUCUUCUGCUAAGGAUUAAAUGAGACAGUUAAAAUAAAUUUUAAUUUCAGCCCCUCCAUGAAAGUUUAUGUGUACUUCUAAUAAAAUAUUACUAAUUUGUAAAAGUAGUUAAGCAACCAUCAAUGAGACUGUAUGCUUGCACUUGUGCACACAGCUAGAUGCAUGCAUUUUCUUUCCAAGAGGAAAUUCAACUAAGCAUACAGGUGCACGUUUAUGUGUGUAUGCAUACUUUUGCACUUGGCUAAGCAAAAUGAAAAUCUUAAAUUCCAAAUCAUCAGUUUGUUAAAGCUUUUAUUUCAUUUUUGACUCCCAACAAAACAAUAAAUAAAUGCACUUUCUCAAGUACACAUACCUUGCAGAGGAAAUGGUAAACUGGUACAAUGGUAAACUCGAUCCCCAUGACUGAAUUGUGCAUAUGAAAUCCAAACACAUGCAAACUUUAAUACUGGCAUUACCUGGAUUUACAUUAGUUCCUUCAAAGUAUGA